UGUAUAUUUGCAGGUUGAAGCAAGUCUGUACAAUAGCAUCAAGCAGGGCAUGCUACUUGAAGUGUGCCACAAGAACAACCCAGAUAUCUACUGGAUAGCCGAAAUCACUAUGGUGUGUGGACACCUUUUGAGAAUCAAAUUUAUAGGUGCUGACACAGACUUCUGGUGCGAUAUAUCCAAGACCAAAGUCCACCCUCUAGGCUGGUGCGGAAAAUAUGACGAGCUCAUCGAGCCUCCGGACGAAAUCAACGAAAAAUACGGAGACACAAUAAUUGAUAUCAUGAAGAACGCGCUUCUAGACGGACAGUCUGUGUGUAUAGAGGCUCUGAAUAACAAGGGACUGUCGCCUAUUGAUAGGAUCAAGACUGGAAUGAAGGUGGAGAUCCAGAAUAUUAUUGAUCCUUAUAGAUACUGGAGUGGUACGGUGAGUGAGAAUGUAGGCGGGCGGCUUUUGGUGCGCUACGACGGCGCCGAUGACGACCUCGCGCCGCUAUGGAUCUUCUGCUCCAACCCGCGGCUCAGCCCUUUCGGAUACGUCACCAACAAGGGGUCGCCAUGGCAAUUUAAAUAUCCAGGCAAGGUGAACAGGUUCUCCUGCAAGAACAAGCUGAGCACACAGUUGAGGCAGAGUGCCGAAGAGUCUAUCAAGGAACCGACACCUCCUGACCUAUUUCAGCCAAACCCAAGCAUGGAAGCCCACAACUUCGUAAGCGGCAUGAAGGUCGAAGCGUUAGACCCUCAUGACAUGAAAACUAUUCGGCCAGCCACUGUACUCAAGGUCUUCAACAACUUCCACUUCCUCGUCGUCAUCGACGACAACGCAGACGACUAUGAAGACACCAAAACUGCCUGGCUCUGCGAUUCCAUGCACCCAUACAUCUACCCUAUAGGUUGGGCUAAGAAAAACAACUUCACUUUCAAACUACCUAAAGUAUGGAAAGAAGGACCUUUCGACUGGGAUGAAUACCUCUCAAUGACUUCCUCAGUCCCGGCUCCUGAAUACUGCUUCGGCGCAAAGCAACCUGUAAAAGGAAUGGAACUAAACAUGAAAUUAGAAGCCGUAAAUCCACAAAAUCAUGAAGAAAUCCACGUCGCGACUAUAGACGCUAUUAUAGAACAUAUGGUGUGUGUAGAGUUAAUCCCUAUACAGGAGAAAUUCUGGUACGCGCAGAACAGUGAUUUGCUAUUCCCCGUAGGAUGGUGCGAUAGUAACAACUACGAGUUACAUAUCCCCGAUAUAAACGCUGUAAAGGAGCCUCCUAAACCGGUUGAAGAAGUUAAACAUAAAGAGGAUCUCAAGAAAUCUACAGAUGAGUGGUGUGAGAGAAUAUUCUUCAACUAUAAAUGUUAUGCCGGUCCGACAAUAAGUAGAAACAAAUUGUCACAGCUCCCGAAGCAUGUUGGGCCUGGGCCUUUGUCUUUAGUAUUGAAAGAGGUUCUGAAUAAGAUGAUAUCGGCGUCGUAUAAGCCGGCUAAACUGCUCAAAGAUUGGGAGACUGAGGGUCCGCCGGAAGAUGGGAUGAGGCUUGAGAUGCUAAGAGCCAAGCUGAAGUCAAGCACAUACCACGCAUACGUGCCCAUCGCGACAACAACGGCGCAAGUGCCCUCCUUCUGCCGCGACGUGUGCGGCAAGAUGCAGGCGUGCCCCUGCCUCUUCGGGCCUACGGAGUACCCCGAGCAGUGCCCCCAGAACUGCCAGCAAGUCGACAAGUCCACAUUCCAUAACGUUACCGAGCGCCGGGGCAGACCGAAGGGCAGCCUCAAUGGAAGAAAAAAGAAGAAAAAGCCUGUCCCAGAAAAGAAGGAGAAAGAGCAACCUCAAGAAACCGAGAGCAACAAGGACGGAGAAUCCGUCGAAGACGAACACAGCGCGGGCUCCACGCCGCCCUCCGAGUCGGGAACUAGACCAAACUCGCCCGAUAGCGACUACAAGCGCACCCAGAGAAGAAAACGAGAACCCAAAAACAAUUACCCCAAACUCGAAAUGAAAACAAGAGGCGCGAAGCUCCCGAACUUCGCUCAACAGAUGAAGGAAUCUCACUGGAACAAAAAAGACGUAGAAACAAUCUAUAGCAGCAGCGCGAACAAGAAGCAACAAGACAGCGACUCGGAGAACGAAAGCAACGACACCAGCUCCAAUUCCCGCGAUGCCAAAAACAUAUCAGACGUCUCCGAUUCGGAGGAACCGGAGCUUAAGAAACUCAAGUUCACGACGUAUGAUCCUUUGCCGUCUGAUAAUAAGAUGUUCGAGAAAGAUACUGCGGCAUCUUGGAUCAGAGGGAAAUUAAAAUUGUCGCCGAACCCAUUGGACUGGAGCGUCGACGAUGUAUACGCUUACUUAAGCAGUACUGACGACUGCAAAGUUUUAGCUGACAAGAUGAGAGAGGAAGAAAUAGAUGGAGAGGCUUUUGUCAUGCUUGACCUGACUACCAUCAGGGAGCUGUUACAUAUGAAAAAGGAGUUCGCCGUGCUCCUCUGCAAGCACAUCACCAAGAUCAAGUGGUAUUAUUUAGAUAAUUACGAAGAUAAUAGCGAAUCAUGAUAAGCUAAUAACAUUAUUUACAAUGUCUAGUCCUCAAUAAAGUAAUGAAUUGUU